CCUACCGCUAUUUAUACCCCAUUCCACCACCUUCCUCCCUAAUUCAUUAUUGGCUAAUCCCUUUCUCUUGAUCUUCGUCUUUCUAACAAAUCUUAUCAUUCGUCGUCAUAAUAACGAAUUACUGUGUGCCGCCAUGCCAACGCUCUUACUGCUUUCAUUGUUUCUGAUCUAUCUCUCCCUCUUCAUCCUCUCCGCUUUCAACUUCGCAGAGUCCCAGCCAUUCAUUGGCAUCAACUACGGCCAAGUCGCCAACAACCUUCCACCACCUACGGCCACCGCGAACCUCCUCAACUCCACCACCGUCGGAAAAAUCAGGCUCUACGGCGCCGACCCCGCCAUCAUCAAGGCCCUCUCCAACACUGGCAUCGGUAUAGUUAUCGGGGCCACCAACGGCGAGAUUCCAGCGCUGGCCUCCAAUCCCGACGCAGCGAUGCGGUGGGUUAACUCGUACGUCCUCCCCUACUACCCUGCCAGCAACAUCAUCCUCAUCACCGUGGGCAAUGAGGUCAUAACCUCCACGGAUCAGGACUUGAUCUCUCAGCUCCUUCCUGCCAUGAAGAAUGUCCAGAACGCCCUCAACUCGGUCUUACUCGGCGGUAAGGUGAAGGUAUCGACGGUUCACUCCAUGUCCGCGUUGUCUCGGUCCUACCCUCCCUCGUCCGGUUCUUUCAAUCCCGUCUACCAGGACACCAUGAGGGGCUUGUUGGAGUUCCAGAGGGAGAAUGGCUCCCCCUUCGCCAUCAACCCCUACCCUUUCUUCGCCUACAAGAGCGAUCCCAGGCCUGAAAUGCUUGCGUUCUGCCUGUUCCAGCCCAACUCAGGACAGACCGACUCGGGAACUGGAAUCACGUACGUGAAUAUGUUCGAUGCUCAGUUAGAUGCUGUACGGUCUGCUUUGAAUGCGAUGGGCUUCAAGGAUACUGAGAUUACGAUUGCUGAGACCGGUUGGCCGUACAGUGGGGACAGUAAUGAAGCAGGACCCAGUGUUGAGAAUGCCAAGACCUACAAUGGGAAUUUGAUUGCCCACCUAAGAUCAAUGGCUGGGACUCCUUUAAUGCCUGGAAAAUCAGUGGAUACAUAUAUCUUUGCUCUGUAUGAUGAGAAUUUAAAACCAGGACCGCCCUCUGAACGAUCUUUUGGACUUUACAAGCUGCCUGAUCUUACCAUGAUCUAUGAUGUUGGCCUUUCAAAGAAAAGUAGCGAGGUGAGACUAUAUAUAUAUAUAGUAACAAUAUUAAUAUUGGUUCGAGUUCUUGUCUCAUGUCCUGAUCAUCAUCAUCAGACUCCAUCGCCAACCCAAGUGAUUCCAUCACCAAAAACAACAGGAACAAGCUUCUGGUGCGUUCCCAAGGCUGGCGUUUCUGAUGCUCAACUGAAGGCAAAUCUUGACUAUUCCUGUAGCCAAGGUAUUGAUUGCAGGCCGAUCCAACCAGGAGGCGCCUGCUUUGAACCGAACACAUUAUUUUCACAUGCUUCCUAUGCCAUGAAUCUCUAUUACCAAACUGCUGGGAAGAAUCCAUGGAACUGCGAUUUCUCACAGACGGCAACCCUCACAUCCAUUAGUCCUAGUUACAAUGCUUGCAAUUAUCCUGGUUGAUGCAUGUACCUGAAAAGCAGCGUAAUGAUCUCACGAGUUAGAAUCCUAGAUACCAAGAAAAUAAACGUAAAAUGUUUGCGAAUGAUAUGUCAGUGUGCUACUAUUACUACUUAUUUUGAUCUAUUUCCUACUGUGAUCAUGGAGUUGUAAUUCUGAUCUUUCUUAUCGUACUUGUAAGUUUUAAUCUUCAUCAUCUUAUUAUGAAGUAGUGCUUAAUAUCAUAUAUAACUUAUGUUUGGUUGGAUAAA